AUGAUUCGAAGUGACCAGAAAAGUUUGAAGGAGUUACUUCAACAGGUGGUUCAGACCCCUGAUCAACCGCUUUACGUUAGGAAGCUUCGGGGUUACAAGUUCAGAAUUGUAUAUAAAAAGAGGAGCACUAACAGAGCGGCGGAUGCGUUAUCACGUCGGGAGGAGUCCCAGGCUACAGCCGACGCCGCGGGUCUGGCUGAAGAGGCUGCCGAGGACGCCAAUCAGAAAUGUCUGGAGUUGAUUGCCGCGACACACCCGAUCCCCCAGAUGCUCGAGUUGCUUCGCCGCGAGACUGCUUCAUCUCCGGAAAUGAGAGAAAUUGCGGCGGAUAUUAGGAACGGGAAGGCCGCCGCACAUUUGACCUUGGUGAAUGGCUUGGUGUAUUACAAAUGCAGCAUUUUCGUGGGAUCCCGUUCGUCGGCUCGAGCGCCUAUCUUGGCGGAAUAUCACAGCUCACCGUCGGCGGGCCAUCUGGGGUUCGAGCGCACUUUGAGGAGAAUAGGGGCGGAAUUUUACUGGCCUCGGAUGAAGGAUGAAGUAAAGAAGUUUGUGGGAGCCUGCGUCGUGUGUCAGACGAGGAAAUAUUCAACACAAAAGCCUGCGGGUCUACUGCAGCCUCUACCGGUGCCCACACAGGCAGAGGUCCUCAAUAGGGGAUUGGAGCGGUAUCUACGUGCAUUCACGGCGGACCGCCCCUCUAAGUGGGCCAAUUUUCUUCUGUGGGCGGAGCUUGCCCUUAAUUGUUUUCACCACGCAGGGUUGGGUAUGUCACCUUUUAAGGCGUUGUAUGGUCACGAUCCCCCGAGUCUGGUAUUCGCGCAACCAUCGGCAGCGACCCAGCCUUCGGCAGCUGAGCUGAUCCGCCAGAGGAGUGAGUUGUUGGUGGAUCUGCUACCGAAUUUGGAGCGCGCCCAGCAGCGUAUGCGUGAGUCAGCGAAUAAACAUCGCCGACACGUGGAGUAUGAGGUGGGGGACAUGGUUCUCUUGAAGCUUCAACCGUAUAGGCAAUAUUCGGUAGCUCGACCACAGCCGGAAAAGUUAUCAAGACGCUACUACGGUCCAUUUGAGGUUUUGGAGCGCAUAGGCCCGGUGGCGUACAUGUUGCUUUUGCCGGAGGGAAGUCGAAUACAUAACGUGUUUCACGUGGGUCUCCUUCGAGCAUUUGUGGAGGGGGACUCGGCGGCGGAAGGUAUGACGUUGCCUUCUGAAUUUUUUGGCGAUAGGCCGGUGGUAUAUCCAGUCCGGGUGGAUCGUAGGGUGUUGUGGCACGCCGAUCGGCCGGUUGAUCAUGUUUUGGUACGUUGGUCCGAUGGGUUAGACUCCCCGACUUGGGAGCUGAUGGAGUUAGUGCAAAGGCGGUUUCCGAAUGUUCUCCUUGAGGACAAGGAGGUUGCUAUGGGGGAGGGAGCUGAUACGGUCCUAGAACGACCUGACAUUAUGCCGGAAGAAGACGAGUCGACGGAGUUAGAUUCGGUUGGAAGAGCGCAAGAGGAGCAGCAACAGCCUCAGUCCAUCGCAGCGACGAAACCUGCGAGGAACAGACGGCCGCCGGAGAGACGUGGCGAUUUUGUUUCCAAAUAA